CCGCCACUCGCUGUGCACGUUAUGGGGUUUCCACCUAGGGCUCGGCCUGAGGCUUGUAACACUCCGUUUUUCCCCGAGUCACAGGGGCAGUCUGGCCCCUCGCAGCUGGGUCGCGGUGUCUCUCAAAGGUCCCCCUCUACAGGGGCUUCGUGAGGCCCGGGCCCACAGGGGGUUCGGUCCCGGAAGUGACGUCUCCCAGAGGGGCCGGAAGUGGCAGUGGAGGGAGGGAAGAUGGCGGAGGUGGUGAGUCCGGUGCCCGGGGCGGGGCGGAGGGAGCCAGGGGAGGUGGGUAGAGCCCGAGGCCCCCCAGUAGCCGACCCUGGCGUCGCGCUGUCUCCCCAGGGGGAGAUAAUCGAGGGCUGCCGCCUACCCGUGCUGCGGCGGAACCAGGACAACGAAGAUGAGUGGCCCCUGGCCGAGAUCCUGAGCGUGAAGGACAUCAGUGGCCGGAAGCUUUUCUACGUCCAUUACAUUGACUUCAACAAACGUCUGGAUGAAUGGGUGACACACGAGCGGCUGGACCUAAAGAAGAUCCAGUUCCCCAAGAAAGAGGCCAAGACCCCCACCAAGAACGGACUUCCUGGGUCCCGUCCCGGCUCUCCAGAGAGAGAGGUGCCGGCCUCGGCCCAGGCCAGCGGGAAGACCUUGCCAAUCCCGGUCCAGAUCACACUCCGCUUCAACCUGCCCAAGGAGCGGGAGGCCAUUCCCGGUGGCGAGCCUGACCAGCCGCUCUCCUCCAGCUCCUGCCUGCAGCCCAACCACCGCUCAACGAAACGGAAGGUGGAGGUGGUUUCACCAGCAACUCCAGUGCCCAGCGAGACAGCCCCGGCCUCGGUUUUUCCCCAGAAUGGAGCAGCCCGUAGGGCAGUGGCAGCCCAGCCAGGACGGAAGCGAAAAUCGAAUUGUUUGGGCACUGAUGAGGACUCCCAGGACAGCUCUGAUGGAAUACCGUCAGCACCACGCAUGACUGGCAGCCUGGUGUCUGAUCGAAGCCACGACGACAUCGUCACCCGGAUGAAGAACAUUGAGUGCAUUGAGCUGGGCCGGCACCGCCUCAAGCCGUGGUACUUCUCCCCGUACCCACAGGAACUCACCACAUUGCCUGUCCUCUACCUGUGCGAGUUCUGCCUCAAGUACGGCCGUAGUCUCAAGUGUCUUCAGCGUCAUUUGACCAAGUGCGACCUACGACAUCCUCCAGGCAAUGAGAUUUACCGCAAGGGUACCAUCUCCUUCUUUGAGAUUGAUGGACGUAAGAACAAGAGUUAUUCCCAGAACCUGUGUCUUUUGGCCAAGUGUUUCCUUGACCAUAAGACACUGUACUAUGACACAGACCCUUUCCUCUUCUACGUCAUGACGGAGUAUGACUGUAAGGGCUUCCACAUCGUGGGUUACUUCUCCAAGGAGAAAGAAUCGACGGAGGACUACAAUGUGGCCUGCAUCCUAACCCUGCCUCCCUACCAGCGCCGGGGCUACGGCAAGCUGCUGAUCGAGUUCAGCUAUGAACUCUCCAAAGUGGAAGGGAAAACAGGGACCCCUGAGAAGCCCCUCUCAGACCUUGGCCUCCUAUCCUAUCGAAGCUACUGGUCCCAGACCAUCCUGGAGAUCCUGAUGGGGCUGAAGUCGGAGAGCGGGGAGAGGCCACAGAUCACCAUCAAUGAGAUUAGUGAAAUCACCAGCAUCAAGAAGGAGGAUGUCAUCUCCACUCUGCAGUACCUCAAUCUCAUCAACUACUACAAGGGCCAGUAUAUCCUCACACUGUCGGAGGACAUCGUGGAUGGCCAUGAGCGGGCCAUGCUCAAGCGGCUCCUGCGGAUCGACUCCAAGUGUCUGCACUUCACUCCCAAGGACUGGAGCAAGAGGGGGAAGUGGUGACCAGACACUGCCCACUGCAGUGCCAAGACGGCAGCAGGACUGGGGCUGAUAGCCCACCCCGCCCCCAUUGCAGCUCCCACAAAGCACUCUAAGGGAGAUGGGGCUGAGGACAGCUCAAAAAGGAGAGGACAGGCCUGGCAGGGGCCCACUGGUGCCCGGCACCAAGGCGAACUCCGGGCUCAGACCAACUCCAAGGUCAGCUGGCCACAGGCCCAGGCCUGCUCUGAAGCAGGGACCAGAGGGAGCCAGGCAGCUGUGUACAGUGAGAAGGGAUCCGGAUGGGGGAGCUCUGUACAGAGGGCUGGUGAUUGUAAAAAUUUCUUUUGUAAAGUAGAAGUUGGGGGUGGGGUGGGUGCUGGCUGCAAAAAUUUCUGGCUUCUCUUACCCCUAUUGCCCCGCGCAAUAAAUUGUUUCUAUAUGCCA